AUGUCCUUUACUUCAGCUUCUAAAACCAUUCAUGUGCCAUCUUCAUCCAGAGAACACGUCUGUGACUCUGUUGGGCUGAUUUUAAACCAAGGUGGAUGUCUGACCUACGAGCAGGGGCAGAUGUUGGGCCCUGAGCUUGGUCUGAUAGAGAUGGCAGAGGCUGAAUAUUCCCACCUUCAGCACCUUUUCCAAGCUGACAUGGAGGCCCAGGCUGGCCGUCCACAUUGUCUAGAAGUCAGAUCCAACCCUGCUGCAGUUGUGGUUAAAGAGGCCACUGGAUCCACAGUGAUUUCUCAAUUCACAACCACUCAAGCGAUUGACCUGUCUACUUCCAGUGAUGGCCACUGUCUGGUAUUGCCAGGACUAAAGACUCCAUCUCCUUACGGAGAUGUCCCAGGUUUUGUGCUUGCCAGAAUCAGAGGUGAAGAAAGAAAGAGUGAAGUACCUGCCAACAGCAGUAAAACUUUACAGAACAGAACUGGAUCAGCUGCCAGAAUUUGCUUGGAGAAAAGAUUUAACACCAUGUGUGCUGACACCCCAAGACAACAAGAUAUUCACUCUGCAGUUCUUACCAAUUUUUUGACAGUACUUAAGCAGUCCGCAGAGGCAGUCAUACAUCCUGAAAAGCAGAAGUGGAUGAGAACUGACAGAGCAGAUUCUUUUAAGGUUUCUACCUCAUAUGUAGGCAGUGAUUUUGACUCUGUCACUAACAUAUGUGGUCAGGUAGUUGCCCACAUGGUUGAACCUAACAAGCAUCAGGGUCCAAUCAUCCCGAAGAGUUUUGUAUUGAAUUUUCACCCAGAGAGGCUUGUUGUAACAGCUCAGUAUACCAGUAGCAGCAACCCUGCAGAAGAACAGAAGUUGGUGAACACUGAAAGGAAUGUGGCUACACCUGCUGCCUUCAGGAAUCACUGCAACGCUCAAAGCUCUCAACUGAAGGCCGCUAGAGCUGGCACACUCUCAUCCGGAGAUCCACGGGGUGGCGCCAGGAAAAGAACUCUACCUUGUAUGUCCCCCAGUGAGCGCCGGGGGAGACACAACAGUAAGGAGAGGGAACGCAGGAAGAAGAUCCGUUUGUGCUGCGAUGAGCUGAACAUGAUUGUACCGUUCUGUAGCUCAGAUACAGACAAAGCCACCACACUGCAGUGGACCACGGCCUUCCUGAGAUACAUCAAUAAGAUGUAUGGCGACACCUUCAAUGAGGAGUUUCAGAAGGUCUUCACUCACGAGAAAGGAGUCUUUCUUAAAUCUUCCUCAGGUCAGGACCCAAUCCACCAGAACAUGGAGAAGACACUGUCUGUUACAGCCGAACAGUGA